GUGAUCCUUUGGGUUUGCCAGCUCGCUUGACACUGGAGUUCAGUGCCUUUGAUAUGAAUGCUUCAAUACCAGCACGUUGCUGUCCUGCUUUUGGAACGUUGUAUAACACCAACACUUUUGAGACUUUCAAAUCCUGUGAUAAGAAAGCACUUCUGGACAAGGAAGCAAAUGAGAUCUGGGAAUCCAUCAAAUCUGGGGCUGCCCUGGAGAACCCAAUGCUCCUGAACAGGUUCCUGCUGCUGACAUUUGCAGAUUUAAAGAAGUAUCAUUUCUAUUACUGGUUUUGCUACCCUGCUCUGUGCUUCCCUGAUGGAAUUGAGAUCACUCAGAAGCCUGUCUGUCUUGGGGACAGGUUCUCACUAAAUCAGAUCCAAGCCCUGCAGAAAGCCUACGAUGACCUCUGCCAGGAGGAGGGGGUGACAGCCCUGCCUUAUUUUUUAAUCAAGUAUCAUGAUAAUUCUGUCAUGAUAUCCCUGCUGAAAAAGUGGGAUGGCUUCUUUCAAGACCAAGGAGAAAAGGUGACAGUUGGAGUUUAUGAUCCUUGUAAUUUAUCCCAGUAUCCAGGAUGGCCACUGAGAAACUUCCUGAUCCUGGCAGCCCACAAAUGUUGGUCAUCAAUGCUGCCUUGGGAUUUGACACUUUUGUUGUUAUGAGACACGGCCUGAAGAAACCAAAGCAGCAGGAAUGUGCUGGUGAUUCACAUUUCAGCAACACCUCUGCUCCUUCUGACCUGCUGGGAUCCUCGCUGUUCUCAAAUAUCCCUGGCUACAAACUGGGCUGCUACUUCUGCAACGAUGUGGUGGCACCAGGGGAUGUCCUGGAGCAGUAUGAACGAGAAGGGUUUAAUUUCCUCGCCAAAGUUUUUAAUUCUUCACAUUCCUUCUUGGAAGACUUGACAGGUCUGACUUUAUUACACCAGGAGACACAGGCUGCUGAGAUCUGGGACAUGAGCGAUGAUGAAACAGUUUGAAAUCAGGCGCUGAGGAGGAGGAGGAGGAUGCUCGGGGACACAGCCCUGCCUUUUAUCUGUGCUGGGAGGAGUUAAUGAUUGCUCACCCCUCCUGGCUGCUGGCAAGGCAAACAAACAGAGCCCACGUCCUGCCCGAAUAACUCCUCUGCAACAGCAGCUCUUCUCUUGUGGACACAGCUCACCAUAUUUUCAUUUUUAUUGUGUAAAUAACUGCAGCAAUGUGUGUUUAAACCUGCUCUCUCUCUCUUUUUUUUUUUUUUUGUGGGUUUUUUUUUUUGCUUUUUUUUAAAGCUUCUAAAUAUGGCUUACAUCUAAAAAAAAAUGCUGCUUAAGUAACUUUGGGUGGUUUGUUUGGGCCAGGUUUUAUUUUGCUUCUCAGCGGCCAUGUCCAAGCAGCAUUUCUGAAUGGUUUGGUUCAUCUCUCUCAGAUUUGGGCCACUUCAGUUGGAAUUUGUGAAGAUUUCUGCUCUUGGGAGUUAAAUUCAAUGUUUAAAGGUGGGGAGGAGUGGGGAAGGAGCUGAACCUGCUGCCUCCACCACAGGAAUCAUUUGCAAACACGAAUUUCAGGUGCAGUUGUUCUGGAUGUGUCCAUGGAGUUUUUACUAUUCCCUGUGAAGAUCCCAUCUUGUCAUGCUGUGGGAACAAAGUGGUUUGGCUGAUUUUUGCCCAGGAAAGACCAAAAUGCAUUUGUAUAAUGCUUAGGCUCCCCUGAAGCUCAGAGAAAUCUCUGUUCUAUGGUAAAAAUUCACUUUAGGAGGUGGGGGGUCACUGAUUCAGUCAAAUGCUUCAAUGAAAUAAGAAAUUUGUUCCCUGACUUUGCUGUUCUUGGGUGUGCUCAUGCAGAGCCCUGCAGGUGUUCUAAACCAGAAAUUCUCUUCUCCUUUUUGGUUGGUUGAGUUUUUUCAAGUGGCUUCAUAAGCAAAACCAGGAGUUUGAGAAUCCUGGAGUUUAAAAAAACAGCCUGAGAAAAAUGGAGUGUUGAAAUCUCAAAGCACAUUUUACUGCAAAAUUGAAAGUGAAUCUAUUGUUCUGCACUUGGAAUAAGUUUUAGAAGGAAAUCUGAAAUCCCUUUCGUCACAUUAUAUUGUGGGGUUUAUGAGUUAACU